CCACUGGACUCAACUGCUAGUAACACCGGUAGGUUAGCUGUGGUCGGUCUGUCAGCCAAAGAUCCAGAGCGUAAAUGCUUUGAUUUCACACUGCGACCACACCAGGACGGAUAACGGAGACGCCUCUAUGUGAUAUCCCCUAACUUUAACUAACAACAAUUGCAAGGAGACCAGUGGACAAAGCAUAAUCAGACUACAUACUGCCACUUGGACAGCAACACACUACGGUAACAAACAACAAAAGACAAGGACGACCACUGAGUGACCAGCUAACAGACAGAUUGGCACUUUGACCAGCCGGGGCUUGAGAUAAAUGGCUGACAAGCAGAUCAGUUUGCCUGCCAAAUUGAUCAAUGGGGGGGUCGCCGGCCUAAUUGGAGUGACCUGUGUGUUUCCUAUUGACCUGGCCAAGACUCGCUUGCAAAACCAGCAAAAUGGAUCUCGCCUUUACACCAGCAUGUCAGAUUGCCUUAUUAAGACCAUCCGGUCAGAGGGGUAUUUUGGGAUGUACCGAGGAGCAGCGGUGAACUUAACACUAGUCACGCCAGAGAAAGCCAUCAAAUUGGCUGCCAACGACUUCUUCAGGCAUCACCUCUCCAAGGAUGGAAAACUCACUCUGUUCAAAGAGAUGCUGGCUGGGUGCGGGGCAGGUACAUGCCAGGUUAUUGUCACAACUCCUAUGGAGAUGUUGAAAAUCCAGCUCCAAGAUGCUGGACGAAUCGCUGCUCAGAGGAAGCUGAUGCCAGAGACAGUGGCAGCAGGUACUGUGGAGACCAAGUCCCCAACAGCCAUGCAGCUCACAAGAGAUUUACUGAGGGAAAAGGGGAUCGCUGGGCUGUAUAAAGGCCUUGGUGCCACAUUGCUCAGGGAUGUUCCCUUCUCCAUCAUCUAUUUCCCCCUUUUUGCCAAUCUGAAUAACCUGGGCAAAAAAGGAGGAGAAGGCCCUGCUCCGUUCUAUGUGUCGUUUAUAUCAGGCUGUGUUGCGGGGAGCACAGCGGCUGUCGCCGUCAACCCUGUUGAUGUGAUAAAGACUCGACUGCAGUCCCUGAACAGAGGGAGCACAGAAGACACAUACAGUGGAGUGACUGACUGUAUCAGGAAAAUCAUGCGUAAUGAGGGUCCAGCAGCCUUCCUGAAGGGAGCCUACUGUCGAGCCUUGGUCAUUGCACCUCUGUUUGGCAUCGCCCAGGUAGUCUACUUCCUGGGUGUGGGUGAAUUUAUCCUCAGCUUCUUGCCUAAAAAAGACAACUAAGAAGCGCCUCCUUUCUGCCUUUCCCUCCCAUAAUGCAUUACACCAACCUGCGUGAGGAUUCAUCUCUUUCUGAAAGAAGUUUUGGAUGGGUCAAAGCAUGACCAAUCAGUUCGUUUUGUUUUCAAAUUUGUUGUGUUGAAUGUUGAAACAGUUUAGAAGAGAGCCUUUGUUUGCCAAGCUGCCUACGGUGGCGCACAAAAUUCCAGUAGGCAGGCUCAGCUAGCUCUCUGGAAAAUGAAGCCACAAAUAUCAUUUGAAGUUUUAAAGGAAUAUUUCUUUAUAAUUACAACAUAUUAAUGCAUUUUGGAAUAUGAUUGUUGAAUUUUCAAAGUAGAUGUACUGCCCUUGGUUGCUGCAGUUCUGCAAGCCCUACAGUACUUUUAUUUCAAAUAGCAUUAGCCUCUAAAUGAGAAGACCAUAGUGAUUUAUUGAAAAUUAUAACCCCAACUAGCUAAACUAAAUGCACAUACCUUACUUAGAUUUGAGACCGUUAGCUCUGGUACAACAUUUACUAAAAUGCAAUUUAAGAUAUUGCCCAUAUAUGUCUUUAAAAAAAGAUAUCUUUUUAAUAUAUGCCUCUGUUUCAGACAAAAAGCCAGGGAAUGUGUUGUGUGAUAACAGCACACCCCCUGUGAUCUUUCCUUGGAAGCCACAUCCCUUUCUGUAAGUGGUUGUAAUGACCUCAGCCAUUCAGCUCCAAGCAGACUUUGAUUGCCUUUGCUAUUUAAGUAGAUCAGGUUCCAUCUGAUUUUUAGUGCUACCACAAUGGUUUGACUGUUUUGCCUCUGUGAAAGAGAUCUCUGUAUCCUGGUCACACACUAGGGUGAAGAGACAAUGUACUACAUUUGGGCAUUAUGCACUACCAAGCUACAUGUACACGUUGUUUAACCUCGGCACAGAAUCACAAAAUAACAGCUUCUGUACUUUUUCUGAGGGUUGAAACUGCCAAGCAUGUUGUACUUGAGGUCACAUCUCAAUCAGUAAUGUCAAACCAGGGAUUUAACCGUUAAGGGAUGUUGGAAAACACCUGCUGGGACUUCACUGAUUGGACUGUGUCCAGAAGUAGCAGCUUCAAAAUUUCAGUCCACAGAGAACAGCACGGGAGCUUUCCUCUGUGUAAUUCAUUGUGAAUUCAGAUGAAAGCAUUAGCUGUGAGCACUAAAUGAGCUGAAAGUAACCUUAAUAGAUCAGAUAUUCACUAAUUUUGCUGAUACAUGGUCAAAUAUCACCUGCUGAGGCCUCAUGUGCACAGUCAUCCAUUGUGGAGCCAUAGGCUGAAGUCGUCAUGUCCCCUUAGAUCCAGACAUAAUUAUUACUGUUUACAGAUGAGCUGACACUCAAUUUAAAUUCUUUUCUCCGAACUUGAAUUCAGUGGCAGGACCCAAAGACCUAAUGAAAAAAAAAAGCUUUCUUUAUCAGAGAAUCAAACCGGUGUGUUUUCAGUGUUUUAUGGUUUUUACCAAACAUCUCUGCUUGUUUGCUUUAGAGGUUUUGUUUGCUUUAAGCUGCUGGGGAAAGCAGCCCCGUCUGUGUCUUGUUUAUGCAUCACACCACUGAAUCCCUGCCAUUGGUUUAUCUCGCCGGAGAUCAAGGUGACUUUGGUGUGUAUUAUCCAAUCACAUUCCUUCCUCGCUCCCACUGUUCAAGCAGCUCGUCAAUUGUACUGUUGCACUGUAGAUAGGCAAUGCAACUUUUCAGUGUAUUAUCAUUUGUGGGAGUGAGAUCUAUUUAUCAAUAUUCCUUUCUAUAGGUGAUAUAGCACUAUAUAUUUGUAUGUGUUGUUUUCUGUGUCAAAGUGUCCACCUUAACUAUAUUGUACAUAUGCAGAUGAUAUGAACUUUAUGUUUUAGGAUUUAUUGUUGGUUUUGUACAUGAUGGCUUAUUUGCACACCUACCUCUCCAGCUCCCCCCUCAAUCCAUAUUGUGGUGAUUUUAUGUUAUGAGGUGGACAUAUCAAAUGAAGGAACAUGUUUUAAUGCAACAAGCAUCAUUUGAACUUAUGCAGCAUAUUGAUGAAGGUUUUUUUUUUACUGUAUGCAAAGGGGAACUCUAGUGUACAUCUAGGAUGGUGUUUUGGAGGUGCCCUUUCUCCUGAGCUAUUGGUUAAGUCUGUGGGUCAGCUUAUUGUCCUGUUUGCUACUGUUUUAUUAACAAGGACCAAAUGAAGGAUCGUAUAAUGACGAUAGAAAUGUAGUUAGUUUUAAGUGAAUGACCUGUGGCACUACUUGAACAGUUCUGGAAAUGAAAUUAACUCUGGACAAGGCCAGUGGGGACCUGCUGACAUCAGACUGUAAAUUCAACAUCUGUCUUUUGAAUGGUGCUUCUUUCAAUGACAUAGCUGCAAUAUGACAGUGGCGGCACUAACGACCAAGGCUGUAUCGACUGAAUUACAUGCUAGUGAAUCUCAGCAUUAUCAAUGUCUUAACUGAAAGCCAUAGGUCAGCGAGGGACAGGGAAACUGCUAGACAUCGCUUGGCACCUCCAGCCAUGUUGACAAAUGACAAGCAGAGCCACAAGAAAAUGGCAAAAAGACCUGCCUACUUGUGUGAGCUGAAUAAUUGUUGUAGUUUUUUUUUUUUGACAUUCCAGUUGCCAGUUCAUCUCAAAUAUGCUGUUAUUGUGAUCAUAAUGCCUAUUUUUGUGUUGUUGAGAUUAUUGUUAUGAUUUCUGAACCUCCCCCAACCCUCCUUGAUUUUUUUUUGUGAUCUGUUUUCGGUUGGAUCUUGAAAAUGUCGUGCAAGUCAUUUUGUUUUACUCAGCUGUGAAUUUUCUCUGACCUUGUGCAUUUGGUUUCGUAUGUGUGUGUGUGUGUGUGUGUGUGUCUGACUGUGUAGUGAUGUAGUUGGUGUGUAGUUCUUAGUGUGACACUGCGGUAUUUUUUCCUCUUUGAUUGUCAGACCCAUGCUCUCUCCCCUCUUUCCCUCUCUCUGUCACACUCCUCUGCCGUUCACUCUGUCCAGCAUCCACAGCCGGGGCAGAGGUUAAUGCAGAGGAGUUCUGAACACCAAAUGUAUGACUAAGAGUGUAUACAAUCAAAGAAAGCACAAAGGAUUAUUAGGCACAAGAGACUGCAUGGCCCCACUUUAAAUACUCAGACAAAGUCCUUGGAAAACUAUGUCUGCUUUUGCAGACAUGGAUCAAAGUCUGAUUUAUUUCAGUGGAGAUUUUGAUUGAGAUUAACUUUUUAGUCUUGGAAGAAAGUUUAUCUAUGUCUGUAAAACUUGAUCCACAGGGCUGAGACAACAGAGACAUUAUAAGAGACCCAUGUGACGGUGUCCACUAUGUUACCCAUCAGCAGUUAGUGACAAAAUGUAUAUCGCCUACAUAUUCUCAAUGAAUCAGAUAUAAGAAUGUAACUUAGAUAUUAUGAGAUGUAUUAUAAAUAUAGUGAAGAGUUUAUUACAUUUUAAUCUAAAGAUUUGUGCUUUACACAUUCACUGAAAAAUUCAUGAACCAGCUCACGGAUAUGCAAUAAGUAGAAACCACACACACGGGAAGACACUAGAAAAAAAAUAAAUAGAAAAAAACCCCACACACACUGAACACAAUCUGUCAAUCACACAACAUCACACAAUGUAUGAAUAAUGCAACCGGGACCUUGGAGGCCUUCUGGGGUCUGAACUCUCUUCAUGGCCUCUGUUCUCUUCCUCCAAGAGGAACUGUGCAUUAUAGCACUUUAAAAACAAGGACCCCCACCCAACCUGUCCAUCUACAAAGUGUCUCUCUGUGACAUGGAGGGUGUUUGUGAAUAUGUGUGGUGAAUGACACAGUAGUCCUAAACAUUGUUUACAAUGCAAUGUAAAAAAUAAAUAAAAUAUUGUAUUCCCUGUCACAAUUUGCUGUUCAAUAAACUGACUGUCCUGAAA